AGUGGCUCACAAGUCGCCGCGUCGCGCGCUCCGCUCGUAGCUGCUCUGCCCACGCACCGCACAAAAAUCGAACGCAUUCGUAAUAUAAAACCAGCUAACAAUAUUAUAACCAAUAAAAUAAAGUCUAUCUAAUCCGAGUUAUUAAACUUAAAUUUAAUUAAUUGUCGAUAAAACGAACACGUGUUUAUAUUAGUUGGCGCGAAGAGUAACACGGUGUCAACGGUUACACGUUUUUCACUACAAGUGAAUAAAUAUAUUCUGGCUUCGCCGGCCGGGAGAAAUUUCACUUUUUUUAUUAUCAGUGAAGUCCUGAUAGUUGUUAUGAACUUUUGGAGGCUGCGAACUGCGCUGAAUGGAAUAUUAACUAUUGAUUAUAAUGCAACAGCACCGAAGCGGGAGGCAAAUUAUAUUAUCAUCUAACUACAAACACAAAUGUAGCCUGUAAUCAUCACUCGGUAACCGCUAUUUAAUUGAAUCUAGUUAAAAACAGUGAAAGUGUUAUGUUGAUUUCUUAGUGACUGUAUCUGAAGGGCCAGUAAAGCCUUCGAGGACUAUAACAAUGAGUGUCAGUGAGUGUUCGGUGCUCAAGAUGGACGUUCGACAUACGUUAUUUAAAUUAAUGCUAUUUCAAAUUUUGGUUGCGUGGUGCAGCGCGAAACAUAUUACGAUACCCAAAGUGGAGAUUAUAACUAACGACUUAGAAAAAGAUGUCCAGGAUAGCAUAAAAAAUAUUCACACCGGUAUAUACUCGCAUAAGCAUCUGGACACUUCACAAAUAGAGGUCGUGACACCACUGAAGGUGACACGGGAGGGAGUGCUUGUGUCGCAAGCGGUGGAGCACGCGCACGAGCACGGGCACGCGCGCGCACGACGAGACCUCAGCGGCAGGGAGCACAGGCUCCCGCACACGCUGCACUACAACCUCACCGUCGGCGGCCGAGACCUCAGGCUUGACUUACGGCCGUCGGUGUCAUUCAUAACUCCUGCGAUGAUAGUGGAGCGGCACAGAGCGGGCGGGCGAACGCGCGACAGACCACACCCGGACUCAACCAGCUGUCACUACACUGGCACAGUUCGGGGACAACCUGCAUCCAGCAUAGCCCUCUCAGCAUGCGAUGGACUGGCAGGUUUAUUACGAACAGAACAUGGUGAAUUCUGGAUCGAGCCAUCUAACCAAAUACCCUCCAAUAGCAAACAAGGGAGACCGCAUGUUAUUUUCAAAAGAUCAGCGGUCGAUAAAGUUAAGGCGUAUCAUAGAGCUAAAAGAGAAAUACAAAGGACACAUUCCGAUAAUUCUAAUGACAGUCAUGGUAAACGCACUCAACGUCCGAAAUCACACGAAACAUCGAGAAGUCAACUUGAACACAAGUUGGCUGCAGAUCGUCGCCGACGAGAAUACUUGGAAGCGAGACGAAGAAAAUUAGAAGCGAUGAGAAAGAAUCCUACUGAAUACAGAAGACAACAGGCCAGAUUGCGUAUGGAACAGAGACGACUGGCAACCAGUUCGAAAAGUACGUCAUCGGAGAGUAAAUCGAUUGAGCAUAAUAUGGGAGCGAGGAUAAAAAAUCGAAAAAACCUUAACAACGUCUUGAGACCGCGUCGCAUCAAGAGCAGACGAAGGAGACGUAGACGAUCGAAGAACUGCGCAACGAAACAGCCUCCAUACCAAUGGAAGACUAAGAAUUUACAAAGUCAUGAAAUUGAGGCGCAUAGGAAAUCUGAAUACAAUAAGUAUACUCAAAGGAACAAUCAAAGGCAACAGCAUCAAAACGGUAGAGAAGCUGGUCGCCGAUCGACGCGUUCGGUAAGCAAGCCGCGCCACGUCGAGGUAUUGCUUGUAGCUGACCGAUCAAUGACAGAUUUCCACGAUGCGAACAACUUAGAAACCUACCUACUCACUAUUAUGAACAUGGUUUCUUCAUUAUACAUGGACCCAUCAAUUGGAAACUACAUAAAAGUAGUCGUGGUGAAGAUUAUAUUCGUUGAAGAGAUGGGUGCCGCUCCUGAUCUAGAAGUGACGACGAAUGCAGACACCACUCUCCAGUCGUUUUGCCGCUGGCAGCAGCAGCUAAACCCCGAUGAUGAUGCUAACCCGCACCAUCACGAUGUGGCCAUAUUGAUCACCAGAGAGGAUAUUUGCAGUCAGCACGGCAACCCUUGUAGCACGUUAGGCGUGGCGCACGUUGCAGGGAUGUGCAAACCAGACCGAAGCUGUUCAGUGAACGAAGACAACGGAAUCAUGCUGGCACACACCAUCACACACGAGCUCGGACACAACUUCGGUCUUUAUCACGACACCGAGAAGAUCGGGUGCCAUCGUCGAGAGGGAUCCACGCUUCAUAUCAUGACUCCCAUCUUUGAAGCAGAUACUGUACUAGUAGCCUGGUCAAGGUGCAGCAAACGAGAUGUCACAAACUUCUUAGAUGCCGGCAUGGGGGAAUGUUUAAGUGACAGACCGUCCCAGGAAGAAUACUACAUGUACCCAGAAGUGCCAGCAGGCGUGAUGUUCGACGCGGCGACGCAGUGUCACCUACAGUUCGGCGCGGAGGCAGUUGUGUGCGCUAAACCUAGCGAGCUGUGUGAACAUCUCUGGUGUCUCGUCAACAACACCUGUAAGACAAUGCUGCGUCCCGCCGCACCAGGCACCACCUGUGGCCCUGACAUGUGGUGUCAGAACCAGACGUGCGUGGCUCGCACCCCCUCUCCCGUGCCCCGCGACGGUGGCUGGGGCCCGUGGAGCGAGUGGAGCGAGUGCUCGCGCACGUGCGGCGCCGGCGUCUCCACGCAGUCGCGCGAGUGCAACAACCCUGAGCCGCACAACAGCGGCAGCUACUGCAUCGGCGACAGGAGUCGAUACAAGAUCUGUAACACAGAGCCGUGCCCCAUUAAUGAACCGACCUUCAGAGAAGUGCAGUGUGCCCGUUACAACAACAAAACUUAUAAAAACGUCACUGUCGCUGAGUGGAUACCGUACUUCGAUCAAGAUAGGCCAUGCGAGUUGAAAUGCGUGCCGCGCGACGACAGCGAUCUGGAGCUGAUGUCAGCGGCGUUCGUGGCGGACGGCACUCCAUGCCGCCAGAGCAUCGCCGCUAGGGACAUGUGCAUCGCCGGUGUUUGCUACAAAGUAGGGUGCGACUGGGAAGUGAACUCUGAUGCAGAGGAGGACGCAUGCGGAGUGUGCGGCGGCAACGGGUCCGCCUGCAAGACUGUGCAGGGCAUCUACAGCAAGGGUACCACCAAACAAUCUGGCUUCAGCGAGGUGGUAGUCAUACCAGCCGGGUCCAGGAACGUAAGAAUCCAAGAAAAAGUCAGCCCAGGAAAUUAUAUCUCCAUAGGAAGCGCGAAAUCAAGAAAGUUUUAUUUGAGCGGAGCACGGAAUGCUACUUUUACCGAAUACGUGGCGGGAGCUCAAGCGAUCUACGAAAGAGAUCGCGAUUGGGAAAAAGUGCGAAUUACUGGCCCGAUCGAGGAAGAUAUCAAAGUUUACCAACGUAUAUUCCGCGGUCGGCACCGUAACCCGGGUGUGACGUACCAGUACACGGUAGACAGCGCGCGCCGCCACCUCUACACGUACGCACUCUCCGACUGGUCGCCGUGUUCAGCCACGUGCGGACGCGGCAUCAUGCGCCGACAUCUGCAGUGCCGCGACCAACAGGACCAGAUUGUGGAACUAUCGCAGUGCUACCACAUCGAGCCACCGCGUCACGAGGCAAUGAUGCAGCAAUGUCGGCUGCCGGCCUGCCCGCACUGGUGGGUGGGCGCCUGGAACCCUUGCUCGGAACCCUGCCACAUGCCGGGCAAAGAAGCGACAAAAAAACGCAGCGUAUACUGCGUCGACAAAGCAUCAAACGGCGUCGUCGAAGAUUCAAAAUGCGACGUGGCAACCAAGCCGAUUAGCGUUAUAAAAUGCGCAGACGCGCCGGCAUGCUGACGGCCCACGACACUUCACACGAUAUGGAUCAGUUACCCAGGAAAUCAGUCCAAAUAACAUAUGAAAUACGACGCUAAAGUAUAAAACUGAAGUGAUUAAAUAACACCUCUCGGAUUGCUUUGCAAAAUCAAGUAACCUAGAAAUCUUGAAAGACGUUGGAAUUUUUACUUUUUUUAUCAAGCAUGGUGAUCUAAUUUUGCCCAAGUGUGUGCAUAGCCUAACAACCGCGGAUCAGUGUGUAUAUUUUUUAAUUCCUUGUAAUACUUUCAUAUUUAUAUAAACAAAGUUUCAAAAUUAUUUAUCAUGCACGCAAGUGGACUAAUAUAACUUGUUCUGUAAGAAGGAAGUAUUACAGAAGAAAUUCGCGUAUUCAGGCCGGUGAUUUGUGUUACGUUUAUAUUACAAUGAAUGAAGUAACCCAUCGAAUAUUUAAAUAUUACACGUAAGAACUCGAAUAUAGCUUCGUGGUGACGUGCGAAUCUCGCAAGGACAAUAAGUCUUCUGCAAUUACCACUUACUGCCAUAUUACAUAAGUAAUGUCUAGUUUUAACAUAGUCUCCACAUAGUUAUUAUUAACUACUAAUUAUAUUAUUCAGUAUUAAAGUGGUGUAUGUAAUUCUUGGAAAAUGCAAACUUAUGUGAAAGUGUUUAUAUAGGUGUUUAUAUAAAAUUGGACCAAAAAUAUUAUAGAAAUCAAAUUCACGUUGCCAUAAUCACGGUUACUGCCAAUAUGACACUUGUAUUAUAUUAAGUUAAUAAUACAUUAAGUUAAUUCUAAGUUAACAUAAUUAUAAUGCUAAUAAAAUUAUCAAAAUAAGAUAUUUAAGAAUAAAAAUGUAGGUACAUUAUCCGUUUGAGAAAGAACUUGAAACGCGAUAAUCAAAUCAGCUAGUCAAAUAUGUAUGAAAUUUCAUUAACUCACCACAAAUAAUAUCGUUUUUAAGCUAAUAGCAAAUUUUUGAUACUUACAUAUAAAAUUAGAAUUAUUAUAAUUUCAAAGUGUCAAAAACAACCCCUGUACCUACUGCAUUUAACAAGGCAUGUAAAAUACUUAUAUAUUUCCUUAUUAUAUGUAUAAAAGAUAUUUAGGUGUAACUUGGACACAAAAUGCUAUAAAAUAUUGUAUUUAAAAAAAAUUAUAAUCCUAUCUUACCUGUGACUAUUACACGUGACUAUGCAUAAUUUUGAAUAUUUAGUUAAAAUGUCUAUUUAUCUCAAACCUAUUCUUAAUUAAGUUAUAAUCUUGUAAAUGAUAUAUGUAUGCCACGCACUCAUGUCUCAGUUCUAAGAUACAUUGUGUGGUGGCAGUGAACUUGUCGAACAAUAGAUACACAAUUUUAAUUUGAACGUAUGAGCUUUUGACUAACUCACUUGUUAUAAGUAUUAUACAUUAAUUAUACUGAAAGUUAUAGACAGCAUCACACCGAUGUAGUAAUUAUAAUUGUGUAUUUAAUUAGACAUGGCAAUAAAUCGUGCAUCGUUAU